AUGGUCAGGAUCAUUCCCAUGGCGGCGUCCUCCAUCCGACCUUCCUUAGUCUGCCUCUCCGCCGCAUCUCCUCGCUUCCCCGCUUCCCUCCUCUCCUCUCGGAAUCUCUCUUACUCCCAUGUUGUUGUUCCUCAAUCAAAGCUCCUCUGUGGUGUAAACACUCAUAACCUGUUGAGAAGAGGUGUCAAGUGUUUAGGAGUAGCUGAAUCUGGAAAUGCAGCUCAAGCGAGCACAUCGUCUACUACUCAAGAAGACGAUCUUCUCAAGUUUGUGAAAGACGACAACAGAAGAAUGCUUCACGUUGUUUAUCGUGUUGGUGAUUUGGACCGCACCAUUAAAUUCUACACUGAAUGUCUUGGAAUGAAGCUUCUACGCAAGCGUGAUAUACCUGAAGAGAAGUAUACAAAUGCUUUCCUUGGUUAUGGACCUGAAGAUUCACAUUUCGUCAUCGAGCUCACUUACAAUUAUGGAGUUGAUAAGUAUGACAUUGGAGCUGGUUUUGGCCACUUUGGUAUUGCUGUAGACGAUGUGGGGAAGACUGUGGAGCUUAUAAAAGCCAAAGGAGGGAAAGUAACAAGAGAGCCUGGUCCUGUCAAAGGUGGUAAAACUGUGAUUGCGUUCAUUGAAGAUCCUGAUGGUUACAAAUUUGAGCUCUUGGAAAGAGGUCCUACACCAGAGCCUUUCUGCCAAGUUAUGCUCCGUGUUGGUGAUCUCGACAGGUCCAUAAAGUUCUAUGAGAAGGCUUUUGGAAUGGAACUUCUGCGCACAAGAGACAAUCCAGAGUACAAGUACACAAUAGCUAUGAUGGGAUAUGGUCCUGAAGAUAAAUCUGCAGUACUAGAGCUGACGUAUAACUACGGUGUCACUGAAUAUGACAAAGGAAAUGCUUAUGCUCAGAUUGCGAUAGGGACGGAUGAUGUGUACAAAACCGCAGAGGCUGUGAAACUCUUUGGAGGAAAGAUCACCAGAGAGCCUGGUCCUUUACCAGGUUUAAGCACGAAGAUCACCGCGUGUUUGGAUCCCGAUGGUUGGAAGUCGGUAUUUGUGGACAACAUUGAUUUUCUCAAAGAGCUGGAGUGA